GAAAGUAUCGAAUAAUAAUCGUUGUUUCUGCUGUAACGGUCACACUUAAAAAUAAACAUUUUAAUCUUGUGAAUCGAAAUCAUUUUAACGUGCUUAUAAACAAUAUUGAGCAUUAAAUCAUGGACAUCAGAAACAACGACCCCGGUGCUGUUCAAUAUGGGAAUUUCAUGAACUAUUAUCAAUUUAAUUCAGCCUCGGAACGUGUUAAACUUUUGCCGGAUAAAGAUGUAUGGUUACCAUCCUUAAAAGAUAAUAAAUCUCCCGGAAAUAGUCCCUAUUUUGUACUGGAUGUGGGCUGCAAUUGCGGGGUAUUUACCCAACUACUUCAUAAAUAUCUUGAGGAACUCCUCCAGAGACCAGUAAAAAUUCUAGGAGUGGAUAUAGACAAUCGUCUGAUUCAACGUGCUGUGUUGGAGAAUGAAUCCCCUGAAGAAAUAAGCUACGCCUGUGUAGAUGUCCUAGAUGAUGAAGCUUUUGAAUCCGUAAACGCUUAUUUGAAACUUAAUAAUCUUGAAAAGUUCGAUGCCAUUUGCUGCUACUCAAUAACCAUGUGGAUUCACCUUAAUCAUCAUGAUCAAGGCCUCCAACUAUUUAUGAAGAAGCUAUCCAAUUUGGCAGAACUCCUGGUGGUGGAACCACAACCAUGGAAAUGCUAUCAAACAGCAGAGAGGCGUCUGAAAAAAGCCGGAGAAACUUUUCCCCUUUUUCUGGAACUUAAGUGGCGAUCUGAUGUGGAAAUGCAGAUACAAAACUACCUGGAAAAUUCACUGGACCGAAGGAAGAUAUUCGAGUCUACGCCCACUAAAUGGCAGCGAAAGAUUUGCUUCUAUAGGUGAUAAUAUAAGCACUUAAUGUGAUAGAUAAUGUUCAUAUAGGAGGGAUCUAUAUUGCUUUGUCCUGUUCUUGGAGAAGCAAUUAAGCGUACUAUCAUUUUAAUAGUUUUAGAGACAAUAAA